CGCCAUGCCCCGCCGGUUGGAGCGCCUGGCCAACGUGGUGCUGCGGGUGCCGCCCGUCGUCCUCCUGGACCUGCUCUACCGGUGGGACGUGCAGGCCUUCGCCGACACGGGGCGCCCCCUGGCGGAGCGGCUUCCGCUGCUGCGGGGGGGCCGCCUGUGGAGCCUCUGCUACGCCGGUCACCUGCUGUGCCUGAUGGUCUUGGUUCUCCCGCUCCUCUCCCUGGUGCAACUCUACCUUCAGCUGCUGGCCCUCCUGCUGCUCUACCUGUCCCACCAGGUAGCCUGGGACUACAUUGACCAUGAGGUGGAGCGUGGAUUCCAGGGCGCCAUCUAUGAGGACCCGGUGGCCCUUGGGCACUUUGCCACUGCACUGACUGGCCAGGUGGCGGUCGUCGCCCUCUGCGCUCUGCUGCUGAAGACCCGGCAGGUGGGGCUGCUCUGCGCCCCCCUCCUCCCGCUGGCCGCCCGGCUGUGCUGCCUCCCUCCCCAGGCUCUGCCCACCGUCAGCUCCUGCGGGGCGGCCCUGGUGGCCUUGCAGCUCCUCUAUGGGGCAGCUUCUUACCUCACGGGGCUUUUCCGCACGGCUGCGGCCGGCUGCCGAGAGAUCUUCCAGGACCCCGAGGCCUAUCAUCUGGUGACCCUGGCCGGGUCCCUCUGGAGGCGGCUGGCUGUGCCGCUGGUCUUCUCCACCUUUUGGCUGGUCCUGUUCGCCCUGCAGAUCUUCACCCUGGCCUCCUCCUCCUCCUCCGGCCCCCUCCUCUCCCAACAGGGCUGGCUCUUCGUCUUCCUCAGCAGCGUGGCCAAAUGCUGCACCACCCCCUACUCGCUCAUCGGACUCACCUUCGCCGUCUCCUACCUGGCCCUGGGAUUGCUCCAGCUGGCCAGGCUCUAUUUGAGCGGCUCCGGAGCCUUCCAGGACGGCAGCGUCACCCACAGGGGCGUGACGGAAGGGGUGACGCUGUUGCUGCUGGCCAUCCAGACGGGCCUCCUGGACCUUCAACUCCUCCAGAGGACCUACCUGCUCACCGUCAUCUUCUUCAUCGUGGCCACCUCCACUCUCCAAUCUGUGACCGAAAUAGCCGAGCCAGUCGUUCUGGGGCUGGGGGCAUCGCAGAACAGGAAUUUCUGGAAACACUUCCGUGGGGUGACCCUCUGCCUGUUUCUCUUGGUGGUCCCCGGAUUCAUGGCCUACAAAAUCGCCCACUUCUUCCAGCCGGAUUUCUGGCUGGUGAUCCUCAUCUCCAGCUGCAUGCUGACUUCCCUGCAGGUGACGGGGACCCUCUUCGUCUACGGCCUCUUCGUGGCCGAGCUCCUCCAGAAGACCCCCGUGGAGAAGAUGGACGAGAUCCUUUACUGCGUCCAAGCCGUCAGCCGGGUGCUGGAGUUCCUGGUGGCCCUGUGCGUGGUGACUUACGGCACCUGGGGGUCCAUCGUGGGAGAGUGGACGUGGCUGGGGGCCUCGGUCAUCAUCGUCCACUGCUACUUCAACGUCUGGCUGAGGGCCCAAUCCGGCUGGAAGAGCUUCUCGCUCCGUUGGGAGGCGGCCAAGAAGAUCGGCUUGCUACCCAGGGCCACCAGCAGGCAGCUGGAGGAUCACAACGACUUGUGUGCCAUCUGCUUCCAGGAAAUGACCGUCGCCGUGAUCAUGCCCUGCGGCCACAUUUUCCACGAAGGCUGCCUUCGCAAGUGGUUCUACGUGCAGGACACCUGUCCCCUCUGCCACCAGGCGGUUCAAGUCCCAGCUACCCAGGAAGUCCAGCAAAGUGAUGCUGGACCAGAGGGGACAUCCCAGCCAGAGCGUGGAGGAUCCGUCGGCCACCAGAAUACAGAAGACUCCAACAAUGACAGGCUGCUGGACCCUGGCACGUCCAGUUGCACAGAGCAGCCUGGGCUUUUGCCACAGGGGUCUGCUGAGGAAGACGCUGUGUGUCCAUGAGGGGCUGUACCUGGGCUCAGCCCUCCCCCAGAAAGAGCCCCCACCGCAGAAGAAAAUUACCAACUGCCUGUGCUAGAAAGUCUAGAAAAAUUCAGGGAAUCGGUAGAGGCUCGGAUUGUGGGGCAGCACCCUCUCCAAAGCGAGCUGAGAUUACCCAGUGUGCAAAGAGACACUGGUCCCCCUUGGCCCUCGGCUGCUCGGAGUGCCGAGGGGCGUCGGGAGAGGCCCAUGCCAACUGCCAGCCAUCCUGCGGCAACGGGCAGCAAUGCCGAGAUUGUGGACGAGAUUCAGGAGAAACCGGACGCUAUCCGUGACCAACUGGACAGUCUCAGGGACAUCCUUCCCGCCUCCCUUCCUAACCCUCAUCCGUCACUUGCGGGCAUUUCUCCCGAAAAACCCUGUAUUCCCUAACCUCCUACUUCCCUUACCCUGUCAAUUGCCUUUUUGCCAGCCUCACUCAGGAACGUCAACUGGAGAACUGUAUUUUUCGAACCAUGCAAAGUUUUGCUUGGAAA